AUGCUGUAUCGUAGGGACAGAAUUACGUUCCGGGGCCUUAAGUUCGAGGUUUCUGGCGUAUUUGUCGGACGAGUAGGGAGCUACUCCUUGACGUUCUGCAAUAUUCCGUACCAGCCUCGCUUGACGAUCUCCUCCAAGAUCGACUUCCCAUCCACCCUCCACAUCCACUUCAGCGACCCUGCUGCCCCAGCCGUCCCGAACAACCCCGUUACCAACUCCAUCCUCAAAAAAUUCAAACACCUCACCAUCUCUCUCCGCAUCGCAAUGCAGUCCUCCGAGCGCCACCCCAUGGCCAGAAGACCAGCCGCGAUGGGCAAUUUGACUAUGCACUACACCUACACCGCAGGCAAAUGGUCACUCUCCCGCGACGACACAACUUGGACAUCCGAUCUCGUCCACGAGCAAUUUCCAUUGCGAUGGAUGCAAAAUCUCGCACAGGACAUCGAUAUUCGUGUCUGUCGGGAUUUGCGGAGUGAAAGGCUCACUUCGAAGAACGGCACUGAAGUCCUUCCACAAAUCGCGGCAACCAACGCCGAGGAGUGGAGCACCAUGCGUACGAUGCAAGGUCUCAAUCCGGUGAUGGAAUAUCUCGCGGGUUACCGCCAUGGAUUUUCAUUCGGAUCAGAGAUGGUGAUCCGUUUCGUAAACAAGACCUCUAUGCCUGCCGUUCGCUACAUUCACGAUGGACCAACCACGGAUCCGCGCAACAUCAUACCCUUCACAAUGCUGGAACGCUUCACCCAUAUCAAGCUGGAGAUUCCAAUCUCUCUGAUCAAAUUCAACGGUCAGGUCAUCGGUGGCAUCAUCAACACGAAAUUCUGGACCGACGGGAGAGGGCUGGUGUGGUGGGCGGAGCUCGGCCAGUCUUGGUGGGAACCUGUCUCGCCAGGAGCAGACUCGGAAGAGGCCAGAUCCCUGGCGAGGGAAAACAUGCUCAUGCUCGAGCACUAUCUCCUCCAGAACACCCUUAGCGGAUCCAACCAUCAAGUCUCGCUACAACAAAUGCGUCUCGCGGUCGGAAGCUUCAUUAACCUGAUGAACGCCCGCACUGAUCCCAUUCUCUACCUUCGACACGGUUGGACGUUUGAGAGGCUGGACGCGGGAAUCCAUCGGCACGAUAGAUCUAACGCCCGGAGGGAGCUGUUGAAGGAAGUCUUUUCGGGGUACCCACAGGCGUCGGUGUUCGAGUAA